AAGUAAGGAACUUUACGAAAGGUUUCCUUUUGUGUAUGUUGGAAUGUGGUUGGUUUAGUGUCUCCUUUGAGGCUCGCCCACGUGACUCUGGAAUUUUUUGUCGUAAAUAACUUAAGUCCAGCCCGGCUGGUGCCAGGCCCAGGCAUUUAGUGCAAAAAGGGUUUCAUUUGGAAAAUCUGAAUUAAACACAUGAAUCGAUGAUCUGCAUAUCCGUUACACCUUAAAAGCACUUGAUGAUUUGACCAGGGUUGCUUCUGAGUUCUGGGGGUAAGUGUAUCUUAAGGAAUUUAGGAUUAGAAAGCCAUGAUUUAACAUCUGUCAGUAAUGUAGAUGCAUUCUAGAUCAGCAAUCCUCAGGUGAACAGGUGACAUGUGUGGACCAAUGUUAUGUCACUAAAAAAGAGAAACUAAAACACAAUGACGGAUGAUCAGAUUUUCUUAGCAAGACCUCUUAGAGCUGCAAUAUGGAUUCCGUGAAGGCUUCACACUUCUGUAAUCGAAUGGUGAGAACCUCUUCUCAAAGAGGAAGCUGUUGAGUCAUGUUGGUCCUGUUUCCUCUUAAGCACAUGACAAACACUGAAGUUUAAAAGCUCUCAGCCGCUGUGUGGCCCAUCAGUGAUGCUGUCAGUCAUGUCUGUGAAGCUCAGAGUGUUGGCUCUCAUACUCUUUGUGACAAAGGAUGUUUACCCCACCUAUGCUGAAGCAAAACUGGCUUCACCCCAAAAUGUGAAGGUGACCUCCAUCAAUAUGGCUACAGUUGUUGAAUGGACUUCUCCACACAGUCCCAUGAGCAACGUGACCUACACAGCAAUAUAUUUCCUGAGAAAAGAAAACGUUUCCAUCUGUGUGAACACCAAAGAGCUGAAAUGUGAUGUAGGAAAACUGCCGUCUGUAUUUGGUCGCUAUAUUUUCCAAGUGCGGGCAGAGGUUCAGGGGCUGUUCUCUGAGUGGGUUAAUUCUAACGAAUUUUUACCAAAUAAACACACGAUCAUAGGACCCCCUACUGUGCAUCUUGUCAUCCAAAAUAAUACCUUGGAUGUGCACGUCCAAGCUCCAGUACUGAAAGUGGGCAAACUAGCAGACCUUUUUUCACAAGUGUCCUACAUCAUCAGAUAUUGGACCGAAGACUUUUCAGAAGAGGCAACAGAGAAGAAGGUAACUGAAUCUGGUGAAGGUGUUAAAGUGAGUGUUAAAGGACUGCAAUCCUGGAGCAGAUAUUGUGCUCAGGCGAUGGUGGUUCCUAAAGGCUACAAAAAUGCCAAAAAGUUCAGUGAUGCCGUGUGUGUGACCAACACACCUGUGCUCAUCAUCUGUGUGAUUGCUGCUGCCAUCCUUCUUCCUCUGGCAAUCCUGGCCGCAUGGCUGAUCUAUAAAGUGUACAGAUUCCUGUACCCUAAAACCAAACUACCAGAACUUCUCAAGAAUUUAUUUGUACCAACAUUUUGGAAUGCUGAGGCGACCCAACAUCCUGCUCACCAGAAAGAACAGCAUGAUAAAAUCAGUGCCAUAUCUGAGGACUAUCUAUAUGAAGAGCUCAGCGAGAAGUACAAGAUCUUAGAGGACAAGGACUCUGGGUUGACGUCUGCUCUCACCCCAAUUCAAGAGGUGGAAGAGGACUACAAACUCCUGAUGGACACAAAAACUGCACCUGCUUUUUACCCUAACCAUCUCUAUCCAUUAUGCCUAAAAGACUCGCUCUUCACUCAUUUAAACCAACCCUGCUUCACAAGCACUCAGCCUUGUUACUACAACGUCACAGAGCUGAGCCACACUGACUGUGUUUGCUGAUGUCCCCAACAAGCUGAGAUGAUCUUACUUACUUAAGAAUGAUCUUAUGAUUUUCUGCAGUAAAUAUAUAAAAUAGUUUGAUAUGACUAUGCAGUGGUGCAAUGCACGUAUGGCUGUCUGUUGAAUGUAUAUAAUUUCUCACAUUGUUUUCUCAAGCUAAUAACUGAAUGCACUUUCUACAAAAUGUUUAUCAUUGUAUGUCUAUAUUUGUUUGCAUCGUUAUUGUAAAAUAGUGAAUUUUUUCAUAAAUAAACCGAGUUGUAUUUCU